ACGUGGGUGGGGUCAGUCAGUCAGUCUGUCGGGGGAGCCGCGGUCGGUCGGGUUCGAGCUCGCUGCUGCCGUCGCCAUGUCCGGGCUCGCGUUGCUGUAUUCCGGGCUGGGCCUGAGUGCUGCCGCCGCUCUCACCGGCAUUGGGAUCUGCUACACAAUAUUUGACCUGGGCUUCCGUUUUGAUGUGGCAUGGUUCCUGACAGAGACCUCGCCCUUCAUGUGGUCUAACCUGGGAAUUGGGCUAGCCAUCUCGUUAUCAGUGGUGGGUGCUGCCUGGGGCAUUUACAUCACUGGAUCCAGCAUCAUAGGUGGUGGUGUCAAAGCACCUAGAAUCAAAACCAAGAAUUUGGUCAGCAUCAUCUUCUGUGAAGCUGUGGCCAUCUAUGGGAUCAUCAUGGCCAUUGUGAUCACCAACAUGGCUGAGCAAUUUUCUGGCAACACUCCUGAGACGAUUGGUGCCCAGAACUAUCACGCAGGUUACUCCAUGUUUGGAGCAGGAUUGACAGUGGGCCUUUCCAACCUCUUCUGUGGUGUAUGUGUGGGUAUUGUGGGCAGUGGUGCAGCACUGGCAGAUGCCCAGAACGCCAGCCUUUUUGUCAAGAUUCUCAUUGUGGAAAUCUUUGGCAGCGCCAUUGGGCUGUUUGGAGUCAUCGUGGCUAUCCUGCAGACAUCUAAAGUGAAAAUGGGUGAUUAAGCCCCUUGCUGUCCCUGCCACCUGCAGAUUCUGUACAUAUUUAUUUAAUGUCUCCUGAUGGCUUGGGACAGAGCUUGGUGUAUAAAGUUGUUCCUGUGAUUUUUUUGCCUGUGGGGCCAUGGAAGAACCUGAUCAAUGGAUACGUGUGUGUUGAGAACCUUACCCUGUCUUUUCUCCCUCUACCAGCCCUUGAAAAUGAGGGCUGGAUGCCCAGGGGAAGGAGUCGGCGGUUCUCCUCCCUUGCACUUUCUGUGUGGCAGCCACUGCCAGUUGUGAUGCCAUGUCCUGUGAAAUAAACUCAUUCAUGUCCUGA